AUGGUGUCAACUAACGGAGCCCUUCAAAUAUUCCAAUACACAAACACGGUUGUGGCUACUAUCUCUACACUCUUGAUUCAUGGAUACAUAAUACAUCGUAUAAAAUCCAACCGUGCCUCUCUUACGCACUAUCAAAAUUUUUUGAUUGCACAAUCUGUAAUAUAUAUCUGUGGUUCAGUACUUACAAUUGUCAUAAAUGAGCGAUUUACUCUUGAUAAUGAGCGGCAGACUGGUUAUCCAUUCAUUGUCGUGCCCAUGUGGUUAACCACUGUAAUAAUGGUCCUUUCCGUCAUGGUGCAAACCGCAGAAAGCAUCUUGCUUACCCUUUUUAACGUUCAUCGGCUUUUACUCUUUAUAAGACCUAAAAAGAGUAAACUAUUCUUCAUUCUGAUAUCUCCUGUGGCUUUCUCCUCUACGGCAUUCACCGGAGUUGCGAUCGUUGUUUUUAAAGUACGUCCAUUUAUACAUUCAAAAUUGAACAAA